AUGGAUCUCGAGGAUUUUUCUGCCCUCCCGGUCGAGGCACCAUUCUUCCCCUCCCUCCAAGCACUGGAGCUGCAGGCUGUCACGCAGGAGGAGGCAAACCAGCUUCUCUCAGCGCUGACCAGGUCGCCGCUGUCAAAUCUACACCUCGGACUGAGGGGAGUUGUGCCUAACUCAGCUUUCGAAAGCCUCCUGUCCUCCAUCACUGGAGGCUCUUCAGAGCUGCGCCUCCUAGACGUCUCGACCUCGGAUCACCGCGAAGACAGUGAAUUGUGGAGCCUCACCCUCCUCUCCCGUCCAUUCUUUUCCUCCCUCACGACCAUAUGCAUUGAAUCGCACGGUGGUUUCGACAUCACCAACGAAAGUCUGGGGAUUCUCGCACGAAAUCUCCCCCAUAUUGUCGACUUGAGGCUGUGGUCCGCUGAUGCCCGGGGCAAACGCGUCACACUGCCCUGCCUUGCACCCUUCGCCGAGCACUGCCGAUCGCUCCGCACGCUGAAGAUUCCGCUCGACGCGUGUGAUGCCGCACGUGCUUUCAGCCUCCUGGCGACUCGGCGAUUUCCCCGCCAACGGGCACUGUGUGAGCUGAUGGUGCUCCACGCGGGGAUCGAGCGACCGUCUGACGUCGCGAUUUAUCUCAACAUGCUGUUCGGGGCUUUGCAGAAGAUUACGAGCACGGCUGACGAGAGCGACGAGGGUGUGUAUAAUGGUGCAAACACGGACUCAAGGACUGCAAGUGAUUGGAGAGAGCUGCGCAGGUCUUUGUAG